UCGGCUCGCGCCCUCCCCCCCAUAUCCGUGCGCCGAGCUGAUAAAGGCGCCAUUUUGGAGGGGCCGCGGGAGACGUGGUGCCGCUGCGGGCUCGCUCUGCCUCUCGCUAGGCUUGGUGGGAAGGCCUCCUGCUCGAGUCCGCGCUCGUCGUCGCCGCCGCCAUCAUGUCGGGAGGUGGUGUGAUCCGUGGGCCGGCGGGGAACAACGACUGCCGUAUCUACGUGGGAAACUUACCCCCAGACAUCCGAACCAAGGACAUCGAGGACGUGUUUUACAAAUACGGCGCUAUCCGCGACAUCGACCUCAAGAAUCGCCGCGGGGGACCGCCCUUCGCCUUCGUUGAGUUCGAGGACCCGCGGGACGCGGAAGACGCGGUGUACGGGCGCGACGGCUACGAUUACGAUGGAUACCGUCUGCGGGUGGAGUUUCCACGGAGCGGCCGCGGCACGGGCCGAGGCGGCGGUGGGGGUGGAGGGGGCGGAGCGCCCCGAGGCCGCUACGGCCCCCCAUCCCGGCGGUCGGAAAACCGAGUGGUUGUCUCUGGACUGCCUCCAAGUGGAAGCUGGCAGGAUUUAAAGGAUCACAUGCGUGAAGCAGGUGAUGUAUGUUAUGCUGAUGUUUACCGAGAUGGCACUGGUGUCGUGGAAUUUGUACGGAAAGAAGAUAUGACCUAUGCAGUUCGAAAACUGGAUAACACUAAGUUUAGAUCUCAUGAGGGAGAAACUGCCUACAUCCGGGUUAAAGUUGAUGGGCCCAGAAGUCCAAGUUAUGGAAGAUCUCGCUCUCGAAGCCGUAGUCGUAGCAGAAGCCGUAGCAGAAGCAACAGCAGGAGUCGCAGUUACUCCCCAAGGAGAAGCAGAGGAUCACCACGCUAUUCUCCCCGUCAUAGCAGAUCUCGCUCUCACAUAUCUGAAGAGAUGGAUUAAGGAUGCUUUGGAUUAAGGAUUGUGGAGCACAUUUCAAUCAUUUUAGGAUUGUCAAAUGGAGGAUUGAGGAGGAUCAGAUCAAUAAUGGAGGCAAUGGUAUGACUCCAAGUGCUAUUGUCACAGAUGAAAUUGGCAGUAUUGACCUUAUACUAAAAUACAAGGGUGAAAAAUGAGUAGAUUUAUUUUAAAAUACUUGCAAACUGCUUCUUGGUGCAGUUGUCCUUAGCUGCAAUUGCAGUGCUCUUUGCCUUGGCAAUUGUGGCUCAUUGUAUUGCCCAUUUGGUAACAAUUUAUUUUGCUCCCCUCCCCACUCCCUAUUUUUUGGUUUGUUUUAAUAGGGGACUAAUGUGGAAAGAAUUGGUUAAUGUGUCACAGUGCUUAGUUACAACCGUUAUAUGUGACCUACUGUUGGUGUACAUGUGGGUACAGGGUGUCUUUAAUUCCGAUGAGAUAGAGUAUAAUAUCAAUACUGCUAAAUCUGCAUGUCCUCUGUGUGACUGAUAGAGCGUUGCUAUAUCAUUUUUUUAAAGACAAAAUGAAAGCAGAAUAUUGAAUUCCAGCAUAUUGGUGUAGAUAAUUUAGUUGGGAGUAUUAUAAGUCUCACCUUCCCCUUUAAAAUAAUAUUCGUAAUUGACUCAUGUUUGAAACACUUUAAUUUACAAGUUAAAUUGCAGAUGGGAGCAUUAGAUUUAGUUUAGACUUAGGUGGGUAGCAAUACCAGUUAACUUUACAAUUGCAUAACUUUGCAUUCACAAAAUCUGUAAUGCGCUGUUAAGUAACAAAUGUUGGCAUUAUCAGUUGAAAUGUAAAUAUAAGAUGCUUCUUCAAUUAGUCUAUGAUGGUUAAGUUUCUAAAGUUUAUCUAAACGCCAUUCAGAAACUUGUUUUGGGGAAUUUGAUAGUUAUUGAUGUACAUCUGUUAAACUGAUGACAGACAUAACUCAUCAUUCCCCAGAAACCCUUUUUGAUGACAGUAUCUAACAUUUUGCCUCCUCUUUUUUGGUUUUGCUGGUUAUAAAGGUUUGGAUUGGAGAGGGCUCACUGGAUCCCAAUCCUUGGAGCUGGAUCAUUGGAUUCCAAUCAUAAUGUGGAUAGGAUAGGGAGGAUGAAUUACAAGGAUUCAUGGAGCGGGAUCAGAUUUCCAGGAACAUAGGAGUGGAUUCCUGCCCCAACCAAACCGUAUUCGUGUGGAUUUUUUUAUUCAACUUAAUUGGCUAUUCCAAAGAAAUUUUUUUCCUAUUUUUGACGAUUGGAGCCCUUAAGAUGCACGAUGGAAUUGUGUUUUGCAUUUUUUGGUAAAAGGAGCAAAGCGAGGACCUGGAGAUAAUACGCUGGAGCAAUCUCCUUGGAAGGAUUCAGCACGAGUAGAUGGUAAACGUUAAAGGGGUAAAGGGGGGUUUGUUUAAAAUAGUAAUCAGUAAGUCACUUCUACUAAAUUUAAAUAAAACAAAAUUGGAGUUGAAAAAUAAGUAGGUUUCAAUUGGCUAUUGCCGUUUUUCUUUGAAAAAAUAAACAUUUUUUAAAAAACUAUGCAUGGUUGUCCUUUUUCCUCUUCAUGUAAGAACUUAACUGGGUUGACUAGUCUAUCAAUACUUUGAAUUGAUAAGACUCUUGAUUCUUGUGUUUGUAUUAGUAAAUUAAAAUUUCUUGAAAGGCAAUCUAAUAAAUGGUUUUAACUGUCUCUUAUUGUUGAUUGUAAAAAUCUUAAGAUGAAUGAUAAGGCAGUUAUUUAUAUGUAACAAGCAAAUUGGUAGUCUCCGAAGAAUGAAUUCAAUUCUUUGCUUAAGAGUGACUAAGAACUUGAUGGACUUUAGUGCAAAAUUGAUUGAUGGCUAGUAAAUUAAUGUUAGCCUUUGAUAAUACCAGUGAGACAAUAAUUGCUAGCAAAACAAAGGUAUUUCUUUUUUGAAAUGUGAACGCGGCACAGAAAAGUUAACUGUGUGAGCAGCUGAUGGUUUAUGCUUUGUAAAAAUGAAUCCACUCUUAGUCUUCUGUGCCCAGAGUUUUGGUGCUCUACCAAAGCUGUAAUGACUAGUUUGUAGUUAUGGCCCUUAGAUGCUUGAUUUUCAAGUUAAAACCUGAUAGGCUUUCUCUUCUGAAUCUUCACAGCUAAUUAACAGUCUUCAAAAUAGUUUUUAUGCUCAACAAAAUUAACUAGAUUUUUAGCAUUUUCUUUGGGUGCUGAUCCUUGUGGGAAGCUGAACUUAAGGUUUUCUCUAGGUUUAAAUUACCUUCAGCAAUUUAGGUAGUGAAAGUGAACUCCAGUAGUGAUGCCCAUGAAGUUACUCGGUGAGUCUAGCUUAGUAGAGCUUAUGCAGGGUCAGGAGUGAAGGAACGUUAAGAACUAGGAUUGAAGUGCAUACUGCAGUGCACUAGUUGUUCUUGGGUAAGAAUUAGAACACAGUGGCCGAGAAGCAGAAUUUCCUGUGGCAUGCUUAAUUUCUAGUAUUGCCUCACAUGUAAAUUAGAGUACUCGGGCUCCUGCUAAUGAUUUUGAAAAGUCAACACUAGAUUUAAAUAAAAAUUGAAUUCAUUUAUGUUGAAUAUUUUGAGAAUAAGACCAAAAUGGUCUUCCUUCAGGAUUGAGUUUUAAGCUAAAUUCUAAUCCCAUAUUGAAAUAGUUACUCUUGAUUGGCUGUAACCUUGGUUUACACUGAAGCCAGGACUUGGGCAUACUUUAACUUUAGUUAAUGUGAUUAGGUGGCUAAAAACAGAUAGGAUAGUCUAGACUGCCCUUUUUCCUGCUGUUCUGAGUCCUGUCCUUUUGGGACUACAUAAGCCGUAUUGGCUUUUCUGCAUUUUACUUUUAUGUCCCGCUAAAAUAUUUUAGGGAAACUAAUUUAUUUUCUGACCAGGGAAAAGUUAAGUCUUUUAAGCAGCAAUUACUUUUCAUAACAUCAGAUUGAAUAACUCACCUUGCUGUUCAGCCCACAUUCUACUGGAGAUAAAAAGGUAAGACCGAUUUUCUGACUAAUUGUUUGAGAUCUGAAUUUUAUUUUAGAGAUAGUGAUUUUUUUAAGGAUGUUGUUUGGAAAUGUUCAAUAGAUUUUCACUGAAAAUGCUUUUUUUCUCCAAAGUUUAACACAAUUUUGAGUGCUCUUUAGCUACUUAUUCAUAGUGUUUGAAUUUAAUGUGACUUACUCUAGAAUUCCAAUUUUUGAAAAAUUUGUUGUCUUUGAAACAUGUUUUGGUCUUUAGGACGUGUUUAUUUUCAGGUUCUGUGGUCAAGAUAAAUUUCUUAUGUGUGCCUUUUUGCUUCCUUUGUAUAUGAAGUUUGUAAUGAAAUUACAAAUAAGUUGUAUGUAUGUAUUUACCAUGAAUAGUAUUAAAGCAAGAAAAACUUAA